AUGGUUGUUAUGAUUAUGUCCACUGUCAAGAAACCCGAAGAAAGAAAAGUAUUGAGAGAAACUUGGUUUAAAGACAAAGUGGUUCACGGACAAAAGUUGAAAUAUCUAUUCAUCGUUUCUUCCAGUCCUGAUCCUGCAGUUAAUGAAGCAAUCGAUAAAGAAGCAUUAGAAUACAACGAUAUAUUACAUAUGGACCAUUUAGAUUCAUACAACAACAUCACAAUGAGUAUAAUGAACACUUUCAAUUGGUUACAUCGAAACUGUAAAUCGAUCAAAUACAUAUUGAAAGGCGAUCCUGAUUCAUAUUUCAACACUCCAAAGAUCGUAAAAUGGUUAUUGGAUCUACCUCCCGAGAAACAACAUCGAUUAUAUCACGGAUCGUGUUUCAUCACUUCAUUUUUCAUUCGACAGCCCGGUUACAAAUGGGAUACUCCUUAUAUAGUCGAUCGAAACGAUUUGUCAUGGCCUUAUUGUGUUGGUGUUGGUUAUGUGAUAUCAUCGGAUUUGUUGGCUCCGCUCGUUUUAGCAUCUCGUCAUUAUCCUUAUAUGCUUCGAACAGAAGAUAUGAGUAUUGGACUAGCGAACUUGAUGUUGAAUGUGACUCCCUAUCGAUAUCAUGAUUAUUACUGGACGCCUCCAGAGAAGGCGAUGUACCCAAGUAUCCCGAAGUGUCGCUGGAAACGCUAUUUUGGUUUCCACAAAGUUCCAUUGAAUGAUGUGGCAAAGAUAAUGAAAGUAUUUGAAGACCCAAAUCUUUCUUGUUAA